GCGAGGCAGCGAGCAGCAAGCAACAGCAGUAGCGACCAGAAACGCAAGAAGACGGCAAGGAAGCUGUGAAAUCGCUGGAGUCUCAUUCUCAACGUUUUUCAGCACACAUUUGUAUCUUCUUGGAGUAUAAAGAGGAUUAAACCGGCCGCAGUCAUGUACCUGAAGGUGGUGUUUUUCACUGUAGUCGUGGCUCUGAUUGGCGCAGCAGCCGCAGAUGACUGUCCCGCCCUGUCCUGUGCUCUGUGUGGAAGCAGUAGCAGUGAGUGCCAGUGGGUCAACUGCACAACACCACCAAUUGUCGGCUGUCGCAACAUGACUCUUCUGACAAAAAACGAGACCUGCUCUAAUGCUACAUGCUCAGCCCCUACCCCCCCUCCAGCCCUUCCUUCCACUUCAGCCCCCACUCCCCCUGUUGUCACCACCGCCUCCUCUAACGGCAGCACCCCUGAGCCAAUCACAGCCAAUGCCACCAGUGUUCCCCCUGUCAUCACGACUCAUAGUGUAAACAUCACCACGGCUUCCCCCUCUAAUACAACUGGCACCGCCCCGGCCACCACUAAGGUCGCCCCUUCUCCUGAGCCUCACCAUAACACCUUCGACGCUGCGAGCUUCAUCGGUGGAAUAGUGCUGGUCCUGGGUCUGCAGGCCGUCAUCUUCUUCCUCUACAAGUUCUGCAAGUCCAAGGACCGCAACUACCACACCCUUUGAAGCAGCCGCUCGUUUUGAUCCACGUCACAUGACCAAUCCCCAUCACUAACCAGAACCUUCCAGAGAGGACUCCCCACUCGGCACGCACUCAUCACGGGGAACUCAAACAGUGUUUUCUAGCAGGUUUUUUCUAGAUCUUUGAUGUUUGUGCCACUUUUGAUAUAGGCCUGCAUUAGCUCUGCUGUUAUAGUAUGUAUCAAGCCACACACACCAAGGCCUGUAUGUAUUAUUUUAACUAUACAACGCUGAAGAAAUAUGGCUUCUUGAGCCUCAAUCAUCGGGUGGUUACUCCCACCUCCAUCAUGCCAUUAGUCAUUCUGUGCACGCCAUUUCCCAACAGAGUGAGGCGGUUCAUGUUAUUCUCUCAAGUAAACAAGAGAGAAUUAGUCAUGUACACAGUGUAGCUUUCCUGUUGGGAGUAAGACGGCUGCAAACUGCUAGUAUUAUCCUUUUUUUUGGAUUUGGAAACACUGUUUGAGUUCACAGCUAUUCUUUAAACGUGACGACUGUGAUGAUUCAGUAUUGCUUUUAGCCUGUUGAAUCGUAGGCAGGUUCCCUCUUCCCCCAAGCUGUAUUAUGUGUUUGUAGAUGAUGUCAAAGUGGUGGGGGUUACGCACGAGGGAAUAAAAGCAAUACUAAAUUAUCUGAUGUCAGACCAAAAAAACUAAUGGUGAUCCCUCUGGUCAAAAGUCUUAUUCUGGGUGUCUCCCUUGGCUUUUAGGAGUGCUGUGCGUCUUCUGCUGUCGAGGUCCCUAAGGGAAAACGUUCCCUAUAAUAGUUGUAAAAAACUACAAAAAUCAACUGCCACUAGAGCAGCUCAAUGCAAUAAAUCCUGUAUUAAGUUAAUUUCCCAUCCUUUAAUCUCCCAACUGUUAUUUCUGAACUUCACCGACAUCAAAACGUACCCACUCUUAACGUCAGCUGGCAUUUUGCCCCCUGCUUCUUUGGGGAAGUCAAAGAGGGCCUGUGGGUCCUAAUGAAAGAUUGUAGAAUAUUUCAGAAAUAGAAAUAAAUAUUUUGUUUUAGAUAAUGUGUAAUAUAGAGAACAGGGAGAUAAGGAAAAUGGCAUGCACCUUGUUGAUGUGGACAGUGAUAGCAGUGAAGUGCCUUUAAUGUCCUGGGAGACUUAAAGAUAGCGGUUGAAGAGUGUGAGUCUUUUCUUCUUGUUUGAGGCCCAAGUGUUAUCAUUAGUUUCUUUAAAGAAAGAAACGGUAUCGCUGUGCUGAUAUUGGUGAGAACUGUAGUAUCCCAGCUGGACUGAAGAGCCUUUAUUGUGAAGUAUACAAUAGAUAGUUGCCAUUUGAGGGCCUUGAUCAGUCCAGCUUGAAGUUUUUUCCCUAUAAGUAGAAGACUAUAUUCAGUACAAGAAUAUAUCGUCCUCUCACUGGUGACUUUGUGUAAAUGGAUAAUGUAAAGGCUCUCUCCCUUUAGUAAUGCCCAACACUGCUCCCAAAUGUCCUCCCUUCUCACUAUUUAUUCCUCAAUUGUGUUGAAUUUCGAAGCAUGAACAGUGACCUGGCAGGAAAUCUGGGACCGCUGUUUGGUGAUAUAAAUCAGGGAAUGUUCUUUAAACAAAAGGCAAGAAUAUUGGGCUUAGUUUAAUAAACUUGAGUAUUGCGGAGAGUGCAUUGAGGUACAAAUGUUGGACUGUUUGAGUGCUUGUUUGGCCAAAUGAGCAUCGCACCUCUGAUUUCUGACUGUGCCGUGUAAAUGAGAGGAUUGUGAAUGAAGUGCAGAACUGCAGCAACAGAGCUCCAUGCUAGAGCUCAUGUUCUCUUACUAGCUUGCUGCUAACUGUGUGAUUUAAUUUGUUCCCUUUUUGUCCCUCCUGUACAUAGCCAUGUCCUGUUUUUGUUCAUCUUCAACUUAAGGAAAGGCUAAAUGGAGUGUUUAUCAGUACAUCUUUGCUCGUAGCGGCUUGUUGGUGUCAAGAAUGUUCUUUUUUUCCCUUUAUUGCAUGCUGAAUGCUAGGAGUUGUGAUUUUUCCUCCCAUUGCAUAUGCUCUUAGGGAUUUAGACACUUAAAAACCACUUGAUUAUUUGUGAUUAGUCCAUAUGCUAGUUGAAAGAAUGCCUUGAAAACGUGUGCAUUGAGCCAAAGUCCUCAGUUUUGGCAUGGAAAUUGAGCAUUGCACUGAUGAGCUUUGUUUUGUAAGUUUCUCUUUGUAAAUGUUUUCAUGGUUCAGCCAUUAACAAAAAAAUCUGAUGCUUGUAUAAAUACUCGGUCUUGAAUAUUAACUAGAUAAUGGAUGAAUAAUCACAUUGUUUUGUCAUCACAAACUGUAAUAAAUCCAUGUUUAUUUUCUU